UUAGUUGCGCGCAGGUUCCAUCUUUCUCUCCUAGUUCGCAUAUCGUCUCACGUACGCAACUUCGAAACGAAGUCACACAGUUUUUUGCACUUGUGUCUUAUAACAUAAAAUAUCGAUCAUGGCCCCACCAUCAUAUAAUGAUUUAGGCAAAAGUGCUCGAGAUUUAUUUUCCAGUGGAUAUCAUUUUGGUCUAAUUAAAUUAGAUGUAAAAACAAAAACAAAAUCAGGUGUAGAAUUUUCUAGUGGUGGAGUAUCUAAUCAAGAUACUGGAAAAGUAUUUGGUUCUUUAGAAACUAAAUACAAUAUUGAUGAUUACGGAUUAAAAUUUAGUGAAAAAUGGAAUACUGAUAAUACCCUUGCUACUGAUAUUACUUUUGCUGAUAAAUUGCUCAAAGGUCUUACUCUUGGUUAUGGCUGUACUUUUUCUCCACAAACUGGGACAAAAACUGGAAAAUUAAAGACAGCUUACAAACAUGAUAAUGUGUCUGCAGCUGCUGAUUUUGAUCUUAGUCUUUCUACUGGUCCUUUGGUAAAUGCAUCAACUGUUGUAGGAUAUCAAGGUUGGCUAGCUGGUUAUCAGGCCUGUUUUGAUACGCAAAGAAACAAACUUACAAAAAACAAUUUUGCACUUGGAUAUACUGCUUCAGACUUUACUCUUCAUGCAGCAGUGAAUAAUGGCUGUGACUUUAGUGGCCUCAUUUAUCAUAAAGUAAAACCAGAAUUAGAAGGUGCAAUUAAUUUGGAGUGGAAUUCAAGUAAUAAUGUAACACAAUUUGGAAUUGCUACAAAAUAUAAUCUUGAUAACGAUGCAUCUAUUAGAGCUAAAGUUAAUUCUAAUCUUCAAGUUGGUUUGGGAUAUCAGCAAAAAUUACGUGAUGGUGUAACUUUGACACUUUCUACAAAUAUUGAUGGAAAGAACUUUGGAUCUGGUGGACAUAAGAUUGGUCUUGCAUUAGAUCUUCAAGCUUAAAUAUGAUUACAGACACAAAAGGACUUGAUUCACUUUAAGGAUCAUUUUAUGAUCUUUGUGUCAUAAAACAGUAUCACAUUACAUGCUUCAGAUAAAAUAUUGCCUAUAACAUAAAUAGGUUUAUCCCAAAAUAGAUGCCACAUAUAAUAUGUAUGAAAACGGUAUGGUAACAAUAUCUUAUCAUGAACAAUACGAUUUAUAAAUUCUUAAAUGAAAUAGAAGUGUAUUAUUUUUUGUGUAUAAUUCUCUUAUAAUAUUCGAUUGGUGCAGCCUGUUACCAGUUCCUGUUAAAUAUACAGUCUUAUAAAAUCAAAGAUUAAUUAAUUUGAAUUUAAUUAUAAAAAAUAUAAACACAUAUAAAUAAUAUUAAUUAUAAAUACGGAUAAAAUUAAGUUAGGAAGAAAUUGUCUUUAAUUUUUAUUGGAAAUACAUUUUUAAAUUUAAUAAUAAAUGUUAUCAAGUUUCAAAAUAAUUAUAAAUUCAAUUUUUUAAAUAAAAAUACACAAUUUGCUGCACAUGAUACAUUUGGUAGCUACACAAAUAGUUUUAAUAAUCGAAUUUAUUGUAAAAAUACUUGCACUUAAUAUUAUAUCAAAUAAAUAAUUACAUACAGGGACUUGAAAUUAAAUAAUGUCAAAUAUAAAAUAUAAUUACUUUUCUUUUACAAAAUGAUUCAUUUCUACCUCUGUAAUUAAUAUAAAAUAAUACUGCCGGUGUAGCUAUUUUAGGGUUGAAACCUAUUAUGAAAUAUAUGUUCAGUAUGAAGAUUCCAAUAAUUUAAAGUCUGACAUCUUAUAUAAAGAUUUCACAUUUUUAAGAUAAUAUAUUAAGAUACUUUUUUUAAUUAUAAAUAAUUCCAAUCUUUUUUUAUGUAGCAAACUUGUAAUGCAUAAGAGGUUUGUACUCAUACAAUUUUAUUCUUCUAUACAACAGUUGUUAAAUAUUCAAUCAAAUCUGAAUUAAAUUUCAAUUAAUUCAUAAAAUAAAGAAAAUUUUAUUUUAUAUGCAGUGUGAAUGCUUUAUUUACAUGAGAUAAUUACAAUAUUCCUUUAAUUGGAAUAUGCUUUGCGUGAAGUUUAUAACAAUUGUAGGUGAAUGUUGAACAAAUGACUUUAAGUGUGUUUUUUAUCAAUAAAAAAUUUUUUCUAUA